GUUACCCUAACCUGCCCCCCACCUGUCUCCCUGUUACCCUAACCUGCCCCCCACCUGUCUCCCUGUUACCUUAACCUGCCCCCCACCUGUCUCCCUGUUGCCCUAACCUGCCCCCCACCUGUCUCCCUGUUACCCUAACCUACCCCCACCUGUCUCCCUGUUGCCCUAACCUGCCCCCCACCUGUCUCCCUGUUACCCUAACCUGCCCCCCCAGCAGGUGACCAUGGCAGCCGGCGUGGCGGCCUGGAUGCCGUUUGCGCGGGCGGCUGCCAUCGGUUGGAUGCCGGUGGCCAACACCCCCAUGCCGGCUCCUCCCACAGAGACGGAGCAGAAGUGGGCGGGGCUUCUGGUUCUGAACGUCAGCGGGACAAAGUUUGAGACGUGGCGGGACACGUUGGAGCGUUACCCCGACACUCUGCUGGGCAGCUCUGAGAGGGAGUACUUCUUCCACCAGGACACCAACGAGUACUUCUUUGACCGAGACCCAGACAUCUUCAGACACAUCCUGAACUUCUACCGGACCGGUACCCUGCACUACCCUCGUCAGGAGUGCAUCUCUGCCUACGACGAGGAGCUCGCCUUCUUCGGGAUCAUCCCGGACAUUAUCGGGGACUGCUGCUACGAGGAGUACAAAGACCGGCGACGGGAGAACCAGGAGCGUAUCCAGGACGACGAGGACAAYGAGCAGACCAAUGAAGUGGUAACUGUGGACGCCACCUUCAGAGAGACCAUGUGGCGGGCCUUCGAGAACCCCCACACCUCCACCAUGGCUCUGGUCUUCUACUACGUCACGGGCUUCUUCAUCGCGGUGUCGGUUCUGGCCAACGUGGUGGAGACGGUACCGUGUGGCGCUGUGGCAAAGCGGGUGAAGGAGAUGGCGUGCGGUGAGCGGUACGCGCUGGCCUUCUUCUGCCUGGACACAGCUUGUGUUCUGAUCUUCACCGUGGAGUACCUGCUGCGCCUGGCCGCCGCGCCCAGCCGCUACCGUUUCGUGAAGAGYGUGAUGAGCAUCAUCGACGUGGUGGCCAUCAUGCCCUACUACAUCGGCCUGGUCAUGACCGACAAUGAGGACGUGAGCGGCGCCUUCGUCACGCUGCGAGUCUUCAGGGUCUUCAGGAUCUUCAAGUUCUCGCGCCACUCUGCGGGACUUCGCAUCCUGGGCUACACCCUGAAGAGCUGCGCCUCGGAGCUGGGCUUCCUGCUCUUCUCCCUCACCAUGGCCAUCAUCAUCUUCGCCACCGUCAUGUUCUAUGCYGAGAAAGGUUCUGGGAGCAAGUUCACCAGCAUCCCAGCAGCCUUCUGGUACACCAUCGUUACCAUGACAACACUGGGAUGGUUCUACUGUUCUCUGCUGACUCAUCAUUUCAUGUGUUUGAAGGCCUGUAAAGAAGCAGGUCAGGCCCUGGUGUGUAAGAUCAACCCAAACUUUGAGCUGCAGCAGCAUCACCUGCUGAGCUGUCUGGAGAAAACCACGAACCACGAGUUUGUUGAUGAGAAGGUCUUUGAGUCGAGCUGCAGAGAGAUGAGUACGAUGAAGCAGCUGACUCCUUCCUCCUCCUCCUCCUCCUCGCCUCGUGGGUUCUCCUGCUGCGGAUGCAGGAAUAAGAGAACGUUCCACGUCCAGAACUCCAACAUGUCUGUGGGUCUGCAGGGCAGCAUCCAGGAGCUGAGCACCAUCCAGGUCCAGGAGAGACCCUUCAACAGGUGACAGAGAAACACCUGGAAACAGGUGCUGUG